CUUGAACUUCAUUUCUAGCAUCCUCUGGUUACGAUGAUAAAUUGAACCAACUCAUGCGUUACAUCCAAAUAUAGAUUUAUAUAUGGGGAUCUUUUAAUGGCACUCUGAUAGGCUCGAUUCUUCAUAAAUUUUAACAAAGUUCAACCCAUUAACCCAGUUUUUUGUUUUAUCGUCGAGUAUCCAUAUUUUAAUUGACAGCAUGUCUUCAAUAUUACUAGGACACUAAUACAAUAAGACAACACGUUUUUUUAGUAUCAAAUUAUUAAUGAGAGAAUGCAUUUUAUUCUGGUCAUACGGUCCAAUACAAAUACAAAUUAAUUCAGAUGUCAAUGAAUCUUUAUUCGUCAAUUUUCAAAUAUAUACCAACGUACGUUUCGACCUAGUUGCAGGUAUUUUUCAAGCGUUAAGUUCACAGUUCGAAUGCUUACCGAAUGGCGAACCUAUCCCUGGUGUUCCUCGCUACCUACCUUCGUUUUCUUUGGACAAACAUCAUUCUCUUGACAGAUUCAGGUCCAGGUCUCCUUCUUUCGGCACAACUCGUCCUGCACCUUUACCCGAAUUCUGCCGCAUAAUUAGGUUUACAGUCACGUAAUUCUCCUGCCAGGUCUCCUCCCCCUGCCAGACCUCUCUUUCCUGCCGGGUCACUUACUCGUGUCAGAUCAAGGUCUCCUCCUCCCAGGAUUCGUAUAGUCGAAACUGAACAUUUAAGGCUCGUUCCCUACACAAAUCCGCGCCGGAAAUUCCAAAUUCGAUCAUACAAUUUUACUUCCAUUAAACCACUUCGAUUGAGAACAGGACGUAAUAGCUUCACGCCCGUACCAAGCCGAGAACGAAGAGUAUUAACAACAUCCAAUGGGGACGUCUUUGCAAUAUUGGAGACUAAUACGAUCCUUCGUGGAAUAUAUAAUAUGGAUGGAAAACGAGUUCGGAUAAACAUGAAAAGCGGUACGAUUUCCGAAUUGAACCGAAGGGAAAUCGAGGAAGUUCCAUUAGGCCCCCACCGCCCAAUACAAAAGAAUUUUAUAUUUGUAGAUAAUACAUAGAUUAGUACAGUCUUUUUCGAAAACAGAUUAAAAAAAAAAAAUUAUUUUUCAUGCCAUUACGAAAAUAUUUUAGAAGCAAAAUUAGCAUAGAAUUUAUAAUGAUUUACCUUUAGUAAUUUUUUACGAGAAAAAAAUCCGCA